GACCGUGGCCCCGAACACACACGGACACGGCUGCGCGCAACAACAAAAUCUGACUCACUCGACACACACACACACGCCACACGCACAAACCUCGCUCCCCCUCACUAUCUGACCCCGGCCCGCUUUUCCCAACCCCUUCCACAGUUCCGCGCAGAGAACAUCGUACACGAGGGAGCGGAGUGAUCAGGGGGAGUGCAGCUGGUUCUUGAGACUCGACCGACCUCUCGAUCGGCCAUGGCGGCGGCGGCACCGCGUACAUCGCUCCUGCCCUCCUCCAUUGCGCUCCUCCUCCUCGCCCUCGCCCUCUCCGCGCUGGUGCCUUCAUCAGACGCGUACGAUUCACUUGAUCCGACUGGGAACAUUACAAUCAAGUGGGACGUGAGGCAGUGGACGGAUGAUGGCUACGUGGCUACUGUUUCACUGUACAACCACCAGCAGUAUCGCCACAUCCAAGCGCCGGGAUGGAAGCUCGGGUGGGUGUGGGCGGAGAAGGAAAUGAUCUGGAAAAUGACCGGCGCCCAAACCACUGAGCAAGGCGAUUGCUCCAGGUUCAAAGCGGAGGCGCACUGCUGCCGGACGGACCCGGAGGUGGUGGACUUGCUUCCGGGGGCACCCUACAACAAGCAGACCUCAAACUGCUGCAAAGGAGGAGUCCUCAGCUCAUGGGGGCAGGACCCGGCCAACGCCAUUGCCACAUUUGAAGUCAGGGUUGGUCAGGCAGGGACCUCGAGAAGCUCCAUCAAGGCGCCCACGAAUUUCACCCUCAUGGCCCCCGGGCCAGGGUACACCUGCGGGCCUGCAAAGAAAGUAGAGCGUACCAAAUUCAUUGACGGGGAUGCGAGGAGGACGAUUCAGGCCCUCGAGACAUGGAAUGUGACGUGCACAUACUCGCAGUUCGUCGCGGGAAGAACACCGACGUGCUGCGUUGAGCUCUCGUCGUUUUACAACAGCACCAUAGUCGAGUGCAAUACGUGCUCAUGUGGCUGCCAAGAUAACAGCACCAGCCCAGUGAGCUGUGUCAAGGCCAACUCACCCUAUCUGGCUUCUGUCGUAAACGGGGAUAGCACCAACAUCCCGGCACCUCUCGUGCAAUGCACUUCUCAUAUGUGCCCAAUAAGAGUGCACUGGCACGUCAAGGCUAACUACAAGGAAUACUGGAGGGUGAAGAUCACGGCGACAAACCUCAACUACCGGAUGAACUACUCGCAGUGGAACCUCGUCGCGCAGCACCCGAACUUCGCCAACCUGACCACUAUCUUCAGCUUCAAGUACAAAGAUCUGAACCCUUAUGGAAUAAUAAACGACACCGGGAUGAUGUGGGGCAUCAAGUACUACAAUGACCUGCUCAUGACUGCCGAUCGAAAUGGAAAUGUUCAGUCUGAGCUUCUGUUCCGGAAGGACCCGGAGACCUUCACCUUCCAGAAAGGCUGGGCGUUUCCGAGGCGUGUGUACUUCAACGGCGAGAACUGCGUGAUGCCGCCUCCAGAUGUGUACCCAUGGCUGCCGAACGCUUCUCAUCAACUGUCGGCGUCACUUACCAUUCCAUUCAUAACCGUUUGGACAGCAUUGGCAUUCUUGCUGGUUCAUGUGUAGUGAAUGUCGGUCCAAGGAGGAAUGAAUACAUUAUAUGGAAUUGCACAGAGGUUUUGACAUGAUUACUGAACAAAGGUUUAGAGGACAGCUAUCUUGAUGUGCAGAUUCAGGUUUGAGGAUAUCUAGCCUAACCAGGCCUGAAUACUUUGCUGGUGUC